AUGGAGCAGCAACAAGACGAUUCUCCUCAAGACACAGAAAAUGAGACAAAUACGCAACAAAAAACACGCAAAUCUGUUGAAGCGUCCAGCGAGAAUGCUACCUCAAGCUCAGAGAGUAGCACGACGACCGAAGAGGCGACACCAGCUAGUUUUAGCCGGCUUAAGCUGUUCGAAAAAGUGAUGCAAAAAAGUUUAGAAAAUGUUAUUGAAUUUGCCAGUUUCAAGAGAUUCGUUAGCACCUUCCGGCCACUUUACAAGAAAAACCCACAGCGUAUGGAAAACAUUUAUAAGCAAUUUAUCGAAGAACUAAAGAAAGCCAUUCAGGAGGACAUAGUCAGAUUGAUUGAAGAAGGACGCUUGAAGACAAAACUUGAUGAACUAGAUAAACUGGAAAAGGCUUCUAAGAGUAAAACCCAUGCAUGGCGUCCCUCUGGAAUACCUGAACAGGACCUUUGCAGUUUUCUGAUGCCAUUCUAUCAAAAACAGGAAGCCUACAUGAGACUUGAGCUUAAAAAAAUCCAAGCUGAAAAUGCUGCCCUAACAAAGAAGGUGCUGGCAGGAAGAGAGCGUAUUUCUCACUCUGAGCAGCAUAUUUCAGAGGUUGUGGAAGACUGGAAGGCAUCUUUGAAAGAAUCUGAAAAACUGGUAUCUUCCCUCAAGCCUGACAUUAUUGAAGCAUGA